AUGCUCAGCAGUGGUGAGCUCAGUCCCGGCAGGAAGAUGGUGUCGGUCCGGAUCAGGAUGCGGUCGUGCGUGUUUUCAGUUUUGCUGCUGAACUUUUUGUGCAGCUCCGUGUCUUCUCUGUAUUUCCACAUCGGGGAGACCGAGAAGAAAUGCUUCAUCGAGGAGAUUCCGGACGAGACGAUGAUCAUCGGAAACUAUCGCACUCAGCUGUACGACAAGCAGAGAGAAGAGUACCUGCCGGCCACUCAGGGUCUGGGCAUGUACGUGGAAGUCAAGGAUCCUGAUGACAAGGUGAUCCUGUCUCGGCAGUACGGCUCUGAAGGACGCUUCACCUUCACGUCUCACACGCCCGGCGAGCAUCAGAUCUGUCUGCACUCCAACUCCUCCAAGUUCUCGCUGUUCGCCGGAGGCAUGCUGAGGGUUCACCUGGACAUCCAGGUGGGCGAGCACGCCAACAACUACGCCGAGAUCGCCGCCAAGGACAAGCUGACGGAGCUGCAGCUGAGAGUCCGGCAGCUGGUGGAGCAGGUGGACCAGAUCCAGAAGGAGCAGAACUACCAGAGGUACCGUGAGGAGCGUUUCCGUCAGACCAGCGAGAGCACCAACCAGAGGGUGCUGUGGUGGUCCAUCGUCCAGACCCUGAUCCUGGUGGCCAUCGGCAUCUGGCAGAUGAGGCACCUCAAGAGCUUCUUCGAGGCCAAGAAGCUGGUGUAGACAGUCCGAGUGUGUGUGUGUGUGUGUGUCUGUGUGUGUGUGAGAGUGUGUGUGUGUGUGUGUGUGUGUCUGGUCUCUACUGAUGGAUGCAGUACUGAGCGGCGACUGUCGGAGGAUCAGCUGCCGAGGAGGCAGAACGAAGCAGCUGCAGCGUUUCGGCUUGAAAACAACACGUUUGUUGUUGUUGUUGUUGUUGUUGUUGUUGUUGUUUGUCAGCAGCCCUGCGUGUGUCGAGCCCCUCACAGCGUCGGGAUCACGUGUAUUUAUUACAGGCGGCUUCACCUCUCAGAUCUGGACCGAACCGGGCCGACGUCCGGCAGGUGUUUGUCUGUUUGUCGCUGUGACGCGUUACUGGAAGCCAGAGUCGGGUUUACAGGUGGAGCCGGUCCGUUUGCUCCCUCGUCUCGUUAGGAAUUUACAAUCAAGAGUUCUGUGGCUCAUUAACUAAUCAAAGCUGCUGAUUAUUUAGUUUAUUUGACGGCGACACUUUCAGUUUAUUCACAGCGAACGCAGCAUCAGUGAGUUUUCACACUUUUGUUGGAGUAAAGAUCAAAGCAGGCAGCGACACCAGAACUCGGAUUCAGAGGCAAACGAGACUCAAAGCGACGAGUGAGACGCUGCUGAGGUCGUCUGAUCUAAUGAAUCUGCAAAUUAGUCUGUUUUUCAAGCAAAAACUGUGAAAAACGUACUAUAUUUGCAGGUUUCUUGGGUUAAAAAGAGAAAAUUCGCUGCUUUUCUUUGUUGUAAAUGAAAUUCUUCUGGACUUUUGCGCUGACAAACACAAACCUAAAGACUCCACCUUCAGUUUUAUAAACCAAACAGUCAAUAAUCUGCAUCCUUUACAAAAUAAUAAAUAGUUUCAGUUCGUUUUUAAGCAAAAAAAUCGUGAAAAGGCUCAAUUUGUGCAGAUUUCUGUCUAAAAAAAUGGAAGAUUUCAGGUUUUGCUGGGACAAAGUUUUCAGACGUCGCCUCCAGGUUUCAGUUUUAUCACCAAACAGUCGACUCGUCACAAUAAUCUGCAGCUGUUUUAAAUCAAUGAACCGUUUCUGCCAUCGUUGAAGGAAAAUUAAUAAGAAGAGGACGAAUAAUGAGAAGAUGUUGUUUUCUUUGUCAUGCUUCGUUGUAAAUGGAACGUUUUGGUUCAGUUUUCUGGCAGUUUUUGAUGUUUUCUGAACCAAACAACGGAUCGUUUUGUUUACUUUCACGCCGCGACUCUUGGACACCUCUGAGUUUUCAUGACGUCUCCGAUGCAGUUUGAGCUUUUUUUCUUCUCUUUUCUGUUUGUUUGCUGCGUUCAAAUGAAUCCGUCGCUUGUUAACGAGCUGAAUGUAGCUUCCUGCUUCCUGUGGCUCUGGUUCUGGGUUGCUUCACGAUGAAGGAAGAAGAAGUCGCUCUGAGAGGAAGAAUGUUUAACGAGCCUGAAAAGCCAUUUUUUUUAGCUCCUCCGUGCUGCCGACACAUUUUUUUUCACUUUUGAGGUUCGGAAACAACGAAAACCUGCAGAAAUCUGAGUUCUCAAACUGACGACGCUGAGAAACAAACGCCCGAAAUCGUUCUCAGACUUUAAGACGCCGUCAGUCGUGCAGAUUGUUUUUCACUGUGUGCGUUUUUCCCUCCUCGUUUCUUGAGAUUUAGUUUUUGUUUUUUAAUAAUCUCGUGUUUCGUUGCUGGUAGCUUUCAGUUUUCUGGAAACGUUUCUGGGGUAGAAUUGAAUCAGUUGGAAGAGGGACAUGAAAUUUAUUUUAGAGUGAAGUCUGUCUGAAGUCCGGCGUGAGUGGAGAACGUGUGACGGACAGAGUUUCUUUUAUUCUUGUAAUAUUUCUCACCAGAACUCGGCUCAUAAAGUCACUGUGCAGAGUUUUUAUAUGCUGUAAUAUGAUGUGUUUUCAGGGGGAAAAGUGUUUGAAACAUGAAUUUGAGAGAAAUGCGACUGCAAAGUGUAAUAAAAUGGAAACCAACACAGAA